AAAUACCUAGUGUUUUAUAUAAAAAGGUCUUAUCCACAACGUCACGACAUGACUUGUUAUUUUAUUUCUUGGGUGUUAAAUAAAAGGUGCAUCUUAUUAAAACAUAUUUUUCGUUAUAGUUGAUGAAGGAAUCACUGAUUUCGAUACGUUCAUGGAAUUGAAUGAGGCAGAUUUUGUCCGGCUACGUUUAAAAACAAAAAUUAUUAAAAGUAUUCAGCGCAUUCAAAAGGAAUUAAAAAGUAAUUCGAUAGUAGAGGAGUUGGAGAUAAAUAAACAAAUAUCCGAUUUUGAAGAAAAAGAACAAACCGGAAAUACUGAAAGUGACGGAGACAAUGGAACAAAUUCGAUUGACGAACCAUAUAGAGACAUUUUUUUAGAAGAGGAAAUUAAUAUCGACAAAAUAUUCAAGCGAACUCGAGCAGGCAAAGAUAUUAUAGAGAUUUUAAAAGAAGGUGCGAAGCCUUCAGACGGCUGUUUGAAGUCCAUAAACAACAUUCUUUGCGAAUUUCUAAAAUCAACAUAUGGCCUGCGUCCAUCUUCAUACCACAAGAAUAUGUUGGCAAUGUCCCUGGUGAAAUCGUAUCCUGUAUUAGCAUCUUCUAAUGAUUCUGUCCCACAAGCACUGUGGUUUCAUCCCCAUGCAAGAGGACUAAAUAAACAUUCAGGCAGGCUGCAUUAUCAUAUGGAGUACCUGGUACGUAAAUCUAAUGAACGACUCAUCCAUCGGAAGAAAAAAGUAUCUACUUCAGAAAACGUUGACUUAACAUGUAUGAUAAAUACAGCAUCCGAAGAUCAAAUAGAGCAAAUGAACCAGCAACAAAAGAACGAGUUGAGGAACUUUGGAUGGCUAUACGUUCCAAGAUCGGCAGAAUAUACGUAA